GAGGCGAGGGGAGCGAGCGGGCGGGCAGGCGGGCGAGCCCGUGGGAUGCGGAGCCCGGGGGCCCGCGGCGGCGGCCGGAGGAGGAGGAGGGCGCACAAUACCGCCGCGGGGAGCCGGGCCAGCAGCAGCACCAGCAUUAGCAGCAGCCGCCGCCGCCGCCGCAGCAUCCCGGGCCGGAGGCGCCUGAUGCGGGCGGCCGGAGGAUCAGCAGCCGCAGCAGCAGCUCGAAUCCGAGCCCAAGCCGCCUCCACCCCCGCCACUGCUGCCGCCUCUCUCCGACACGGUGCCUGCGGCUGCGGCGGGUGGCAAUGAGCAGGUCCGCGGCGCUGCUGCUGCUGCUCUGCCUACUGGGCUGCAACGUGUGGAAAGCGGUGACCAAGACCUUGCGGGAGCCCCGGGCUCAAGAAGUGACACUGAAGGUCCACAUCAGUGACGCCAGCACCCAUCAGCCAGUCAACGAAGCCUUCAUUGAGAUAUUUACCAACCAGGUCUCUAUUGCCUCUGGAACAUCAGGGGCAGAUGGCACAGCUUUCAUCAAGUUCCAAUAUCAGUUGGGCAAUCAGCUGAUUGUCACAGCCAGUAAGCCUGCAUAUGUACCAAAUUCUGCACCAUGGAAACCCAUACGGUUACCUGUGUUUUCUUCUCUAAGUCUUGGCCUGCUCCCUGAGCGAUCAGCUACUCUAAUGGUGUAUGAAGAUGUCGUGCAAAUAGUCUCAGGAUUUCAAGGUGCUCGGCCACAGCCUCGGGUUCAUUUCCAGAGACGAGCCCUGAAGCUGCCGGAGAACACCAGCUACAGUGACCUGACUCCGUUUCUCACGGCUUCCAGUGCCCCUGCAGAAGUGGACAGUUUCCCAUAUUUACGAGGAUUAGAUGGGAAUGGAACAGGGAAUAGUACCAAGUAUGACCUGACCCCUGUCACUGCAGUCAGCGUUCAUCUACUCAGCAGCGAUGGCACCCCAGUCGUGGUGGAUGGGCCCAUUUAUGUCACAGUUCCUCUGUCCCCACAGAGCAACUUGAGGCAUAAUGCACAUGUUACUGCGUGGCGAUUUGACCAAAAACUUGGAACGUGGCUGAAAAGUGGCUUAGGCCUUGUACAGCAGGAAGGAAAUCAGCUGACUUGGACCUACAUCGCCCCACAACUGGGGUACUGGGUAGCAGCCAUGUCUCCCCCCAACCCAGGUCCUGUUGUAACACAAGACAUUACUACAUAUCACACGGUAUUUCUUUUGGCCAUUUUAGGAGGAAUGGCCUUCAUCCUUUUGAUUUUGCUGUGUCUUCUUUUGUAUUAUUGCAGGAGGAAAUGUUUAAAACCUCGUCAGCACCAUAGAAAACUUCAGCUUUCUACAGCCCUAGACAGUUCCAAAAAAGAUCAGUCAACAUCCAUGUCCCACAUAAAUUUACUGUUUUCCCGACGAGAAUCGGAAUUUCCUGGCACCCUGUCAGCUGCCAGCCAUGGGCGCCCAGAUGCAUCAGGCACAAAGGAACUGAUUGGUGGUGUUCAUAUGGAGAUGAUGUCUUCUAGUGGUGAAGCAGAUUUGCACACCCCAAUGCUCAAACUUUCAUACAGCACCUCACAGGAAUUUAGCUCCCGAGAAGAACUUCUUUCCCACAAAGAAGAGAAUAAAAGCCGAUUAUCCUUUGAUAAUCUGACACCAAGUGGGACCUUAAGAAAGGACUACCAUAAAUCUGUGGAAGUUUUUCCUUUAAAAUCACGAAAAUCUAUAGAAAGAGAAGGCUAUGAAUCCCCCCUUAAGGAUGAUUACAGGAGGAGCUAUAAUGCUAUGUUGUCCCAGCCUUUAUUUGAAAAGCAAGACAGAGAAAUCCGCGCCUCCAUUAAUCACAUUUCUGCGGGAAGCAAGCUCACUAUUCAGGAACAAAUGUACCCUACAUCUUCAUCCCCUGAAAAAGAGCAACUGCUGGACCGCCGGCCAACGGAAUGUAUGAUGUCCCGGUCAGUGGAUCAUCUCGAAAGACCAACCUCUUUUCCUCGGCCCGGCCAGUUAAUUUGCUGUAGUUCUGUUGAUCAGGUCAAUGAUAGUGUUUAUCGGAAAGUCUUGCCUGCCUUGGUCAUCCCUGCUCACUAUAUGAAAUUGCCAGGGGAACAUUCCUAUGUGAGCCAGCCACUGGUUGUCCCAGCAGACCAGCAACUUGACAUAGAAAGACUUCAGGCAGAGUUUUCCAACCCUCAUGCUCAGCUCUUCCCACACCCCUCAACCCAGAUGCAAUCCCAGCAGCUAUCUUCACAAGCAAUAUCGCAACAGCACUUACAAGAUGCAGGCGCCCGUGAGUGGAGCCCACAGAACGCUUCUAUGUCCGAAUCUCUGUCCAUCCCUGCAUCCCUUAACGAUGCAGCUUUGGCUCAAAUGAAUAGCGAGGUACAGCUUCUAACUGAAAAGGCUCUCCUGGAACUAGGGGGUGGGAAGCCACUUCCCCAUCCUCGAGCAUGGUUUGUGUCUCUGGAUGGAAGAUCCAAUGCUCACGUCAGACAUUCAUAUAUCGAUCUCCAAAGAGCUGGAAGGAAUGGGAGUAAUGAUGCCAGUUUAGAUUCUGGUGUUGAUAUGAAUGAACCAAAAUCAGCCCGAAAAGGGCGAGGAGAUCACUUAUCCCUUCAGCAGGGGCACCCACCUGUGCAGGAGCAUCAGAAGAGAAAACAGAGUGUCCCAGACAGCACUGCAUACACACAGCUAGUGUACCUGGAUGACAUAGACCAAAGCGGCAGCGAGUGUGGAACCACAGUGUGUACCCCAGAGGACAGUGCCCUGCGUUGCUUGUUGGAUGGGGCUGGUCGGAGGAGUGGUGCCCAGCUGCCCAGCCUGCAGGAGGAAACAAUAAGGCGAACUGUGGAAGCCCCACCCAAGCCAUUAGCCAGUCCAGAACGUGGAAGAUCAGCCCAUGAGGAAGACGAAGAUGACGAUGAUGAUGAAGACGACCAAGGAGAAGACAAGAAAAGUCCAUGGCAAAAACGAGAAGAGAGACCACUCAUGGCUUUUAACAUAAAGUGAGCUGUUAUAGAUCCACCUUUCUGUGGAGUAUAAAAUUGCCAAAUAUUCUUUCUAUGGAAGCGCUUACUUGUUUGUGGAAAAGACAAAAAAAAAUACAAUGGCAAAUGUGGACAGUGGACUUGGAUUGCAUUACUGUUUGCUGUGUAAAUGUUAGAAAGGAAUUAAAGUUAUUACUCAGAAUAAAAAAAAACUGAUUUUAAUGGAUGUCUCCAGUGAGAUGGCUAAAAGUAGGUUUUGAAUGUUAUCCCACAUACUUGAUACUGUGUGUUUAUCACCAAGGACAUUGAGGGGAAAACAAACAUAUUAUUAGAUAUAAUGACCUCACUUUUCUCUCAGAAUUUGGGAAUAGUCGGGAAUUUUAUUUGCAUUUCUUGAACCAAUUUUAUCAUGAUAAUGCUACUGUAAAGCAUUUAUUCAAGAUUCUUUUUGGCACUUAGUGUCCGAGGUAUGCAUUAUCUCCAAGGAAGGCUAUGCAUUGCUGCUGUUUAGUAAAAUUUUGCUUAGGUUAUGCUUUGGGGUUUGUUUUUUAUGUCUGUUUGUUUUUUACACAACUUGGUUGUAAACAUUUUAUGCCUUUGAUUUAACAUGUUUCGUUUUUAAGUGAUUGAUUUUAAUGUCUCCCUUCAGGAACUCUUAUGAGUUGCAUCUCUAAAUAUUAAAGCCUUUUUAUGAAACCAAACUGAAUUUGGUGUCAGCUAAGAGUCCUUCGAUUCUGGUCCCAUGAAUUCCAAGUGCCUUUUUUACAGUGACAAUAGACGGCCCCUUUUUUGCUGACUUGUUUAAUCGUACUGUCUGAUUUUUAUAAAUUGAUGAAAUUAUAUCCUCUUCUUUUUUUCUUUACACUGCAUGCUGCCAAGUGGCCAUCUGUGCUGAGCAUCUCUCCUUUCAGUACAGUGUAUUCUGUAGUUAUCACGUGUAAUGUGGAUUCUGUUUAGCUAAGAUAGACUAUAGGACAUUUUAAAGACACCUUUUCCUACCCUUCCCUUUGGCUGGGUGGCCAAGAUUAUGGUUUCAUUGACUUUGUAUAGAUGGUUACUUAACUCUGGAAUCCUGUGGGCUAAGCUUGCUUAACAUAGAGUAUGGACUGAGCAAGUGGACUGAAUGUGUUUAAAAGUAUAUAUUAAAAACAAAAAAACAAAAAACCGUAUGUACUUAUUCUCCAAAAGUGCCAGAAUGACUCUUCUGUGCAUUCUCUUUGAAGAGCUGCUUGGUUAUCCAAAAAUGAUCAUUUGAAAAUAAACUCUGGAAAAAAAAAGCCUAUGUUGUGGUUCUUUUAAUUCAUUAGGAACCUUAAGACUUCCUAGACUGUACGGUUUUCAUUUUUUAUGGUAGGAAUUAGACAUACAUUUUUUCACCCCCCAAAAAAUUUGUUUAUCAUAGAAUUUUUUAGAAUUGAAUGAACUUCAGAGCACACCUACUCUAACUUGGGAAAGUAACCUUCCCUUAGCUUAUGUCAGAGAGGUUCAUAACUGAAAGGGACCCUGGAGGCCACCAAAUCCAUCUUCGUCAUUUUUACCCAUUCCCCCUAGCCCAGGUAGGUCAACUUGGAAUCAUAGAUUGAAAGCUGGAAGAGACUUCACAGGACUUUUUCUAAUCUCGCUCAACCCGGUCCAGACUGAAGGAGUAGAAUGCAGAUUUCCUGGCUCCCAGGCAAUACUUUUUGUCAUAUAUCACAUUGCCUUUUAUAAAGACAAUUUAAAUAUGUAUAGGCUUUGGGAUUUUGAGCUUUUCUUCUACUAAACUUAGUAUUUCUUUACCUUAAAAGUAAACUUUUAAUUUUAUUAAGAACACAGCUCUCCUGCAGCCUUUUGCCAUCUUCUCAAUUGAUAUGUUGUUGUGAUCCAAGGAGGAUCAUUUUGCCAUAUUGUACAUGAGAGAUACAAUAAUAUCACUGCCCAAGAACAUGACGGGGCAGCUGGUUGACACAGUGGAUAGAGCACUGGAAGUCAUCUGGCCUCAGAUACUUACUACCUGUGUGACCCUAGGCAAGUCACUUCAUUCUAUUUGCCUCAGUUUCCUUAUUAGAUGGAGAAGGAAAUGGCAAACCACUCCAGUAUCUUUGCCAAGAAAACCCCAAGUGGGGUCACAAAGAGUCAGCCAUGACUGAACAACAACAAAAGAACACGACAUCUUAUAUUUGCAGUUCAGUGUUGGGCCACAUUGUCACAGUUCCAAGGAUGAUUGCAUUGAAAUGAGCAGGACCAUCCCAGAUUUGUGAAGCUGCUCACUAAAUCAUUAAUGAAGAUGUUAGUACAUAGAACAGAUUGUUUGGCAAAAAUAAAUUCAGCUUGCUAUGUUUAUUGUAACAGCUACUUUACAGAAUCCUUAGUGCAUGAAUCCCAAAGUGGCAGGCAGAAUUAUGAUCAAGCUGACUGCAUGUUAUUCUUUUCUGUUUAAAAUGUCAUGAUUAAUGUUCUGCUUUUAAAGGGAAAACUGUUGGGAGGAUCCAUGACAGUGUUGAGCAAGUGAGUGGAGAUGAGCCCCUGGCGAGCCUACUUGAGCCCCAUGUUAGUUGGAAAUGAAUGUUCUUGCUUGCAGAAGAUUUGCCUAAAAUCCCUUCUGAACCUGAUUUGGUCCGUAAGCUACUAAGAUCUCUGCUGUGAAUUUAAUUCCCCCGAAAGCACAAUAAUGGGCUCACAAAUUGAGAGAGAGAGAAGCUUAGAAACUUUAGAAACACUCUGGCCCAACCCUCUUGUUUAUAGAAGAUACCAAGACCUGAAGAAGUUAAGAGAUUUGCCCAAAGCAGAAAUGGGAUUUGAAUGUUAUGUUCAGAGGGGUUUUCUUUCCCCAUCUUUCCAGUUCUUCCCACUACAUUAUACUCCAUCCUCAUCACUUUUUUAACCCUUACUUUCCAUCUUAGAAUCAAUACCAUGUAUUGGUUCCAAUGCAAAAGAACAGCAAGGGUUGAGUAAAAGGAGUGAAGUGACUUGCCCAGGGUCACACAGCUAGGAAGUGUAUGAGGUCAAAUUUGAACCCAAGACCUGUUUCUAGGCCCAGCUUUUAAUCUACUGAGCCACCUAGCUGCCCCCCUCAUCACUUUUUACAGGAGAGGAAUUAGAAGAGUUGUGACUUGGCCACAGAGAACAGGUGAUGGAGCCCAAAACUGAACCCUGGUCCUUAGACUCUAGAGCUGGGGCUCAUAUUUCUCUGCCAUCAGCAAAGAGUAGAUGGUGCUUCGUGACAGUACUGCUUAAUCUUAUUUGUGUCAUGGACCUCUGCCCAUGCACCUCUUAGAAUAAUGUUUUUAAAUGCAGAAAAGAAAAUCCAUGGAAUUACAAAGGAAACCAAUUAUACUGAAAUAUUAUUAUCAGUUUUUAAAAAACAAGUUCACAGAUCCUAAGGUCUGUACGAUAGGACUUGAAGGACACUAAAUCGUUAGCUUUUUUCCAAAACCCCUCACUACUACUUAUCUGAGAACCUAAAUUCUUACCAUUAAUCAGUAGAAUACUGAACUUGGGAUCAAGAACACUCGAAUUCAGGUCCUGCCUCCAACAUUCACUAGCUGUAUGACCAUAAGCAAGUCACUUAACUCUCUUCAGCCUCAGUUCCUUCAUCUUUAAUAUGGGAACCAUAAUAAUACGUAUCUCACUAAGGUUUUGUAUCCAGCUAAUAUAGGUAAAACACCAUAGCCCUUAAAACACUCCAUAAAUCUGAUGUGUUACUAUUAUUGUCACUAUCAUCAUCAACAUUGUUAUUAUUAUUAUUAUUAUUAUAAUUUGGGCUACGGUCCUAGUGACUCUUACCAGAAUGGAAGCAUGUUACAUUCACUAUUAGUGCCACCUUCACAAGCAUCAAUUAAGUGGUUACUGUGUGCCCGUCACUGUGCAAAGUGCCAAUGAGUUCAUCAGUUCACAGAUGAGUUUAGGAAUCAUCUGGGAAACUUUAUGGAUAGUGAAAGCCUGUGCCAAAAAAGCUCUGAAACAUAAAGCAGCAUUAACGGGGUCUGGAGCAACUGAGCAUGAGCCCCAGACAGUUGAUUCCCCACAAGAACCCAGGCCAAAGCGAACUCUGCCUCCUCUCCGGGUUCAUCCAUCUGGGAGCAGCCAUCCAGAGCACUCAAGCUUUGCCUUUGUCUUUCAUGGACCACAGAUGGAGGAGACGAGCGAGCGCUGUGGUGAGAGCCUUAAAGUGAGAGGCUAAAAGACAGCCUCUCCCCAAAGCGUGGCCUUCUUCAGGAUUUGGCCAAGAUCAGACUCUUCCGAAACAUAAUAUUGUCUGAAGAAAUCAACCUGAUGUCCAAGUCAUCGGGCUUGUGCCACCUAGUGGUGGAUUUUCAUCCACUCACCAAAGAGAUUUUUUUUUUCUCAUUCUUUCUCCUUAAAGAAAGAAAACAGAGAGUGGGGUCUCACCUGGCAGGGGAAUCGUGUUUCUUUCUUCAAAGAACACAUUGAACUUUACAUGGACAGACCUAGGUGAUCCUAGCUAGAGAACAGACUGGCAAAAUGGGGGAUGAAAUAAAUUCUGCCUAUUUGAAUUGCAGCCAAAUAUUUCACAAACUCUUUUAGAAGAGGGUUAUAGAUUUAUAGAUGGAAAGGACUUUAGAUGGCGUCCAGACCAAUCUCCUCAUUUUACAGAUGGUGAAACUGAGCCUCGGGAUAAAGUGACUUGUCCACGGCCACAAGAAUGGUGAUAGGUGAUUAAGGGGAGAAUUACACCCCCGUCUUAUCAUUCCAAAUUCAUUCCUCAUUUCAUGGCACCAACUUAAUCAAGUUACUUUCUUUUAAAAGGAAAAAAACAAAGAACUCCUUACCUUUUGCCUUAGCUACAAAUCUAAGAAAGAAGAGCCAGGACUAGAUUAAGUGACUUGCUCCAGAUCACACAGCUAGAAAGUAUCUGAGACUAGACUUGAACCCUGGUCCUCCCAACUCCAGACCUGGCUCUCUGUCCAUUUGUACCACCUCGCUGCCCCAACAAGUUGCUUUCUAACCCAAAGAUGAUGAGAAAUCUAACAGGAUGCCAUAAGCAGAUUAAGCUAGAUUUCAUUCACCAAAGAGCUCAAUGUCCUCAACUUGAUUCAAAAGUCAUCUAGCCUAACACCUUUAUUUUAUAGGUGAGGAAACUGAAGCCGACCCAGGAAAGCUCAGUGACUUGCCCAAGGAUACAUGGGUAUACUCACUGGCACAAGAGCCCGAUUUUUACACUAGCAUUCUCUUGGGUUUACUAUAUUUGGUAGACAUAGGUAUAAUAUAAUAACCGAGGUGGCACUAUUAUCUCUAAAAGCAGCCCAAAGGGCAAUGAACAGAAGAUACCUGAUUGACACAACUAUAAUGUACUUACCCCAAAUAGUUUACAUGUGAUCCAAGGUAUCCAAGGGAAAGGUAUAAUGAAAAAGAAGUUGGUCGUGUAGCAAGAAUGGACAGUAAUAAGAAAGACAGAAGAAUAUAUUGUAAUCUCAAAAAUAUUCUUUAAAUUAAGUGGGGACAGCUAGGUGGCUCAGUGGAUUGAGAGCCAGGUCAUAGAUGGGGGGUCCUGGGUUCAAAUCUAACCUGAGACACUUCCUAGCAAUGUGAACCCACAACACUAUUUCCUAGCCCUUAUCACUCAUCUGCCUUGGAAGCAAUACAUAGUAUUGGUCCUAAGAUGGAAGAUAAGUAUUUGUUUGUUUGUUUUUUAAUGAAAGAAGUGGGUACUUAGAAAGUAUGAAAAGACCAUGACCUCCAUGUAGGAGGAAAAAGCAUCCAUAUCAGGGAAAUUGUGUAUUCAUUAAAUUAUGUGUGGUAUACUAUACCAGGAAAAAGAGGGACAUCGAGGGAGCAAAAAUAAUAAAACAGACCUCUUGCUCUCAAAAGGCUUAUAAUCUAUAGCAUGUAUUUAUCAUUAUGGAUAUUAUUGGCAAUAUUAAUUAUAAUUAUUAAUGGAUUUUAAAUUUUUAUUAUUAAUGUUUCUUAUUAACAAUAUUAUUUAUUAAUAGUUAAAUGUAAUUAUCUCAUCUAAGUUUAAUUAUAGAGAGUAUUAGAUAGAAGACUGGCCCUGAAGUUGAUAAGAGAAUCUACUAGCCAAUAAGCAUUUAUUAAGCACUAUGUGUCAGACACUGAUGAAAUCUUAUUACUUUUGAUAUAUAUUGGGCAAGUCUUUAACUUUUUUAAUUAAAUUUUUUAUUAAAAGAAUUUAUUUUUAUUUUAA